AUGAUACAUCUCCCAAAACAAAAAACAGACGAUGGGCUAGACAUACAAAUAGAACUUGGCCCAGAUAAAAAACUCAAGGUUGUUAAAAAAAAUGUAGCCAAUAAAAAUGAAUUACCUAACCAAGAUAAUAAACUAUGUAACAUCAUAAAAGGUGACCAUACCAUAUCUGAUGAAUCUGGUAUGCAAUUAUAUUUAAAAUAUUUUAAAACAAAUUUUGAAAAGUUUUCACAAAGUAAUUCAUAUAUUGUAUAUAAUAAAAAACAAAUUAAAGAAAAACUUAAAGAAGAAAUAAAUAAUAUUAUGUCUUUACUAAAUAUUAAAUAUGAUUAUGCAUAUUAUAUUAUGAAAUAUUACAAUUUUAAUUCUGAACCCUUAAUUGAAGACUGGUUUAAUGAUCCUACAAAAGUUCUUAGAAACACAAAUUUGAUGCAUCUAACUGAAAAUGAACUACAUGAAAAUGAAGAUGCACCACAAGUAGACCCCAUUAAAAGCUGCAUUAUUGACAAUUUUGAAAAAAAUAAUGAUAAAAAUACAAAGUUUACUUGCCCAAUAUUACUGAAUGAAUGCUCUAUAGAUGAUACAUAUGCAUUAGAUUGUGGUCAUAGAUUUUCAAAUAAAUGCUGGAUAGGAUAUUUAAAAACAGGAAUUGAAAACGAUUUAGAUGAACAUGUAAUACAUAAACAAUGUAUACAUACAGAAUGUAAAUAUUUUGUAAAAAAAAAUGAUUGGAAAAAUUUAUGUGAUCAAAAUAUGUAUAAACAAUAUAAACAAUUAUUACUAAAUGUUUAUAUUAAAAAAUGUUAUAAUUUAAAAAAUUGUCCUAAUGAUACAUGUGAAUAUACAAUAGAAUCAAUGCUACUAUUAAAGGAUACGAAAAAUCUGAAUAAUAAUAAAUAUAAAAAUUUAAAUAUAAUUUGUAAAUGCGGUUAUAACUUUUGUUUUAUAUGCUCACAACCAUUUCAUAGACCAGUUAGAUGUUCAAUAAUUAAAACAUGGAAUCAAUUGCAAACAAAAGGGGAUCAAAAUAUCCAAUGGAUUAAUGCUAAUACAAAGAAAUGCCCAAAUUGUGAUAAACCAAUUGAAAAAACAUCAGGAUGCAUGAAUAUUAAAUGUAUGUGUGGAUUCAGUUUUUGUUGGCUUUGUCUCAAAGAAUGGACUAGCCAUAAAGGGGGAUUCUACAACUGCAAUAAAUAUCUAGAAAAUCCAACCAAAAAUGCUACCAACAAAGAAGACGUAGAAAAAGACGAUAAAAAAAAGUCACAUCUAGAAAUGAACAAGUACAAUCAUUACAAAACAAGGUUCGAUGCACAAGAACAAGGAGAAAAAUUUACAAUAAAUUCACAACUAUAUUUUUUACAUAAUUUUUGUAAAAAUAAUAAUUUAGAUAUUAAUAAAUUUAAAAAUUUUGAAGAUUCUUUAAUUCUAAUAAUUAAAUAUAGACAAUUAUUAAAAUGGUCUUAUGCACUUUCAUAUUUAUCUAAUUGGGAUAACUUAGAUAAAAAAAAUAUGUUUGAAUAUUAUCAAGGAGAAUUAGAAAGAAAUCUAGAAAAUUUACAACAAAAAAUUGAAAAUAUUAAUCUAACACUAAUUAUUAAUAAUACAAAUCAUAAAAGUUUACAAGAAAUAAAUGAACUAACAAAAGUAAACGAUGUAUAUUUUAAAAAUAUUUCAACUUUUAUUGAAAACAAUUUCUCUAAUUAG